UGUCUCGUAAAAUAUUUGCAAUUAGUCCAAUUAAAACUCCCAUUUUCUCAAUGCACUUAUCUAGUUAUUUCAUGGUGUCAUCACUUAAAUGGUACCAUCUCGAGGAAACAUUUACAUUUGUUGUUUUGUGGUGUUUGAGCGAGCUUUGUCAAGAUGGAAAACAGUACCAUGGACCGGCUCGAGCGCCCAUCUAACUUUGUCCUAGUCCCAGCAACCAUCGCCAUUUUGUGCGGUACCAUAGCCGACAUUUUGAUCAUUUCUGCAACCAUCAAGACCCGAAAAUGGUACUCAACGUUCAAUUUAUACGUCAUGAACUGGUGCCUGUGUGAUGCCCUCCUCAUGGUCCUCCAACCAACAACCUACACCGUAAUUUUUUCGGUUGAAUUGGUCGACCACAAAGUUUUCUGCAUCUGGAUGGGCGAAAUCGUGGUCAUAACAAUUGGGAAUUUCAUUUUUGUGGCGGCUUUGACUCUUGAUUGGUUCUUUGCCCAGUAUUUCGAAAACUUUUCGACGAAAAUUCGGCGUUUUAGUAAAGUCCAGAUUGGGGCGAUUUGGGUCACUGUUGUCAUUUUGACCAUUUAUAUUUGCUGUAAAUGCAUUGUGGACAAAUCGCACGUUUGGAUUUUUUCAGUAACGACAGUCUCGCUCAUUAUGUAUUUCAUCGUUCAGAUUUUGUGGUUCAUCAAACGGAAAACUUCAAGUCCAGCUAAUGAAAAAUCAAACCUAGCUGUUGCUCUAAUUUCUUGCUAUUUUUUGUGUUGGUUCCCGAAUUAUUUGAUUCAAGCGAUCAAAACGUUCGAGGGUUCGAGUGAAGGUUCUCAGGAAAGUAAUGUAGUAACUUCGCUGAUUGGUUACAUGAAUUCGGUUAUAAUGCUUCUGUUACUGUACUAUGGAGAUGGGGAAAUGAAGAAAGGGUUCAAUAAUUUGUGCUCCCGCAAGUCCGAAGAAACGGAAGAUCAGCAGAAUUGCGAAACGUUGGAAGCCAAGUAAUUUGUGCUUUGUAGUCGCAAAUAAAUAAUUUGGUGAAAA